GCAGGAGAUGGAUCGCGCUCUGGCGGCCGAGGACGACGACGACGCCGAAGAAGUGAAGCCGUGAAGCCGCCCACGGAGAGUGCCAUCCGGGGGCGCCACGGUCGUCCAGGGGUGUGAGAUGGGCGGCGGCGACGGCUGGAAGACAGAAGUGGGCGUGAUGCAGCUGGACUGGUGCCGCCCGUGCCCCCUGCCGCCCGUGGACAUCGUGGUGGCCGCCGACGUCGUGUACGCCCACUCGCUCAUCCCGCCCCUCCUGGCGCUGAUCAAAUCCAUCCUGCAGAGUCCCGGAGUGCCGCCCCGAGAGCCGCCCCGAGAGCCGCCCGAGAGCCGCCCGAGAGCCGCCCCGAGAGCCGCCCCCGAGAGCCGCCCCGAGAGCCGCCGCCGCCCGAGAGGCCGCCCGCAGAGAGUGCCGCCCCGAGCCGCCCGCAGAGCCGCCCCGAGAGCCCCGAGUGCCGCCCGAGAGCCGCGCCCGCAGAGCCCCCGAGAGCCGCCCCGAGAGCCGCCCCGAGAGCCGCCCCGAGAGCCCCCGCCCCCCGAGUGCCGCCCCGAGAGCCGCCCCCCCGAGAGCCGCAGAGCGCCGCAGAGAAGGCCGCCUACAUAG